AUCGCAGGUUGGAGGAUCAGCAUCAUCCUCCAUCCAAACACGCACAGAGGAAGGGAUACCUUAGGUCUGUUUUAUUUAUCUCUGCCCUCCUCUGGCUGCUGCCGCUGCUGCUGUAGCCGCGGUGUCAGACAUCAACACGGAGGGAGCAGAAGCCAUAAGAUGAAGAAACGCUAUGUGGACGCGAACAGGCUCCGGAAAACGAGACGACUGAAAAUCACGGAGAAGCUGUCUGAGAGUGCGUACACCUUCCUGAAGUUUAUGGUGAUGUGGACGCUGGUGCUGCUGGCAGACUUCAUCCUUGAAUUCAGAUUGGAGUAUUUGUGGCCAUGCUGGCUGUUCUUUGGGAGUGUGUACACCACUUUUCACUGCCAUGGCCUGGUUAUUUGUGUUGUUUUUGUUUGCGCUGCCUUCACCCUGGACAUCUUUUGUUUAAUUUUUGUUCCUUUGCAUUGGCUGUUUUUUGUGGCGAGCACCUACGUAUUAUUCAAUUAUAUAUGGCACACAGAGAAGGGCAUCUGUAUAUCAACGGUGUCCCUGUGGAUUCUGCUCAUCUACACAGAGGCUUCGCUUCGGCUUAAAGAUCUCAAUACAUCUCAUCCCAACCUGUCUCAUCUUUUUGCAGCACAUUGCAUUGGCUAUCCAGUUGUUUAUUUGGGGUUUGAUGCCACCUGCUAUUUCACAAACAUUUUCAAGCUGCGCAUACAGAAAGCCGUGCAGAGUGAGAAUGACUUCCACAUGCACCUCCUUCAGCACUCGCUCCCGCCAGGCCUGCAGGUUUACUCCAAGGCCGGCACAGAUGGCAGCAGCAGCGGCUCUAAGUGGAAGAUCAAGCCCGAGCCCGGUCAGUAUCACUGUCAGAACGGUGCCAUUCUGGCCCAUGACGAUGCACACAGCUCGGACUGCCUGCAGAUCCGCAGCGAGGAGCAGGCAGCCGAGAAGUCGUCACAGGAGGUGAGGUCAGCCGAAACGAGCCAACGACCAUCCUCAUCAUCAUCUAAAAAUGCUGUGGCUGAGUCUAAAGAUCAGCUUCACAGCGGGGAAAGAGGAUCAGAGUCAUCCGUAACCCCAGAAAAUCUACCUCAAGAGGAUCAGGGAAGCAAAGCCACUCGAGCUGCCAAGAGCUCCUCCCCAAAAGCCCGCAGAGGCUGCACAAACACUCCCUCACCUCCUGCUGGGAGGGCUGAGAAGAAACAGAGGACAAACUCAAAAACAAUCAGCCCCAACAGGGACGCAGCAGACAAGAGCGCCCCAGUGACUCAGAAUUACCAUGCUGAACAAAUAACCAAACUUGAAGCAGAACUGCGGAGGCUGAAGGGCGAGCUGCAGACGAGCAGGCAGAGUGAACAAGAGCUACGAAGCCACAUCUGUAACCUGACAAACAGCGAGAGGAGCCUGAGGCCAGAAGUUUCCCUCCUCAGACAGUCCAACAUGCUACUGCAGAGCAAGAUUCUGUGCUUGACUAAAACCAAGCAGAGGGACAAACAAACCACGGCGGUGCUGGAGAAAAAGACCAGAGCCGAAGCAGAGGGCAGACUCGCUGCUGAAAGGCAGCUGGCUGAGCUUCAGGCUCAGAAACUGGAGGAGGCAGCGAACGCUGCACGGACCCUAACAAACAGGCAGGAACACUGUGAAACCCAAAUGUUGAGGAAAAGAGUUAAAGAUCUAGAAACAGAGUACAAACAACUGCAGCUGGAGUAUCAAGUGAAAGAGAGCCGUGUGGUAGAUCUAGAGAGAGAUAUCGAGGCGCUGGCGAAGUACCGCUGUGUUGAGAAGGAGACAGACAUGCUGCUCUCCACGUUAUCAGCCAUGCAGGAGAAAGCACAACAUCUGGAGUACAACCUGAGUGCAGAGACACGCAUUAAGCUGGACCUCUUUUCUGCUUUGGGAGACGCACGCAGACAGCUGGAAAUCGCUCAAGGUAAGGUGAAGAAACAGGACAGGGAGAUCCGUGAAAUGAAGCAGAAGAUUGCAGAGGUGAUGGCGGUGAGCCCUGGGGUGUCCUAUGUGGCUCCGCGGCCCCAGGUGCCUCAGUAUCUCACCAAACUACUCAACUCUGAGCGCUACAUGCUGAAUCCACGAGCGCUGAUGUACCAGUGUUUGAAAAAAUAACAAAGAACAAAGUGGAUCCUUGAUGCAUUGUCACUAAGCCUUCCUCACCAGGACCAGAAGAGUUGUUUUAUUGUUUUGUUGUUUAAUUUCAUGCAGAGCUAAAACAACACGGUGAAGACCCUGCUUCCAGUUCCCAGUGGAAACAGUUUAAAGCCUCCACAAGUCCAAUGCCUUCUACUGCACUGUUGGUGCUAACUUCAUGUUAUUUAAUACAGUUCCUAUUUUCCUCCCACAUUAGAGAGUUUCUCUUAAAAAAGCGAGGUAUUUUAUAUGCAGAGCUGCUUAAGGCAGUAUUUUACUCAUCUUCAUUGAAUUAGAAAAGCACAACGGUGUUGCUUUUUCAGGCUUGGUAGAUGAACAAACUUUAGGUCUGUCGUUUGAUGCGGAUGAAAUGACAACAAAGGAGUAAAAUACCCAAAAGGAAGUAAAUGUUUCAGAAAGACAGAUGCCAAUAUUGUCGUCUGUGGUUAAAAUAUAUAAUGAUUUGCAAAUUUAUUGAAAUAAUGAAAGGAUCAAACCAAAUAGAAAGGAAAAAAAGCCUCCACAAUUAAUGCCACUCCUAGUAUUAAUGUUUAAAAAAAAACAACUUGAAGUUUUAGGGAAGGACCUGAAAGAUCUGAGGCACUGACCUACAAGAGAGGUUUCAAAAUGGGUUUCUUUCAGGGUUUU